AUGUCCCUCAUGGAGAAAUCCCGCAUCCCAAACCCCCAAUUCGUCCAAUUCAUGAUCUCCAACGGUCUCUCCUGCUCCGGCCCCGACGUCUCCCGCAUCCCCAACUAUGCCCAGAAAGAACUGUUGCGAAAGAUGUUUGAGUCGGUUUGUGCGGUGUGGAGGGUGAGGAGACAGUGGGGGAGGUAUCCCCCUGGGGGGAUUAUGGUGUAUCAGGCGGAUGGACUUUGUGAUGCUUGUGAAGCGCGGUAUUUCGCAACUCUGAUGAGAGCUCGCCACUACUAG